AUGGAGCCCAAUCUCACCAAUUCACUCCGACGAAUGAGUGGACAGCUGCCAUGUAUUGGUGAAUCAGAAUUCGCCUCUUCGAGUCGGUACUUCCCCUUGGACACAGUCUUCGAAACUGACGUGAGUUGCCGCAAAACGGAAGAAACCAUGAAAGAUGAGGGAACUAGACGACAAUGCGCGUGCGAUAAAAAUGAUAAUGCUGCCACUUUACAAAGCAUGCAGCCCAAUAUGGUUGACCCAGUCGAAGCUUCCUGUGAGCAGAAGGAGGAAGUCCUAGAAUCGAGUUCAAGUGAACUGACCUGUCUGUGUAAAAUGGAAAAGACAGGCGUGCCACCAAGCACUUCUCGUCCCCAGAAGAUCAACGCUGGCUACUACAGUUGCGCAUCCGGCGCCAGUCAACUGGUUGAUAAUCGAAGUAAGGGCAUCUUUGGUCUUAAGGAUGAAAAUCAAAGCGGUCCGUGUCAGUCAACCCUUGGGGAUGGAGGACCACAAAGAUCUGAAGCUGCGAAAGCUCAAAGCUGUGAAUGUGGUAGCCAGGACCAAGAAAAACUAAGCCCAGUAGCAGUUUGUCAGAGCUCAGCGCCAUCCGAAAAUGUUCCAGAGUGUUCAGACUUUCAGGAGGAGACGGUUGGUGAGCAACAGUAUGAAGAGCCUGACGAUCAGCAGCCAUGUCCGCCACCACCCUGCCCACCACCACCAUGUCCACCUCCACCAAGUCCACCAGCAUCAUGCCCGCCACCGCAGCCAUGCCCACCACCACCGUGUCCACCACCAUGCCCACCAAAACCAUGUCCAGCAUCAGCUUCUGCCAAUCAAUAUAUAAAAAAUGAAGACUACUUGGAAAUGGAAUCGAUUUGUACAACUAAGGCAAGCAAACCAAGCCAUUUGAUGGAUACAAGUGUGAAGAGUGAACGGUAUUUCAAUGUGGACACCAGUCACAUAACGACGUCAAUUAAUUGCAGCAAAGUUGUCCAAGGUAAAGGAAAUAGCGCCAAGAUGGAAUACAAUGCAGCGCCUUGUACUCAGAAGUCAUCGAUGGGUUACACGGACAAGACCUCGUCUCGUUCGCAGUCUUUCAUGGCGAACGUCACGUGCUUGUGCACGUCCAUUGAUAAGAUGAAGCUAUGUCCGACUGGUCGGGAAGGUCCACCAUUUAAGAGAAUUCAGGAUAAGAAAGCCGAGCCUAGCUGCAAUGCAUCUCAGAGCACAAAGGUUGUGUUUAUGAACUGCGGGGACAAGUUCCGAGACUGCAAUUCCUCGUCCGACACAUCCGUAUGCAAGAAUUCAUCCUGUGUUUGCGCAAAUACACAGAGCGCGGAUGGUAGAGCCCAACAAAAAUCACAAUCAAGAUCAGUUUGCUCAAAGUCUUUGGGUCCUUCGAUGUCCGCCGUAAACGCUGAGCAAGAGAAAUGCUCAAAAUGCUCUUCUUCCCCUAAUGAACAAUCGGCAAGCAAAGACUCCAAAUCUUGUAUAACGACUUCGGAUCAUCUCAUUGAGACGAAAAAGUCUAGCGGACUUUUUGAUUGUUGUUUACCUGGUCGAAAGUCAAAAACCAAACAGUACGAAGAGCCACCCUGUGGCCCGUCAUGGGAAGAGCCCUGUCAACAACCGGAUGUCAUCUAUUGUGAUUAUUGUGCUCCUGAACCUCCUUGCAGUCAAGAUCAUGUUCAGCAACAAGAUAGCGUCUAUCAAUCUGAAUGCGCGAUAGAGCAUGGAAUGCAGAAAUACCAACAACAACAUCAGAAGCGGCACGACGACUAUUGUGAGUGCGGUCCGGAACAGCCCAAUUGGACUGUUCCUUGCGAUCAACACCAGAACCAAAGCCAGCAGGAUAUCUAUUGCGAGUGCGCGUCGGACAAACAAAUGUCCAGUUUCCGAAGCUGUGAGUCUGUACCAAGGGACCGCUUAGCAAAUAUAAUAAAUUUAUUGAACGACACCAACGAUUGUCGACUGGAUCGCACGGCUGUUAUACAGGAACUGUUUCGUGAGCUCACGGCAAUGCUGCGCGAGGAGGAAGACGACGAGCAGGAGGAUAUACCACUGAGCUAUGAAGAUUGCAUGGCGGCCGUAACUUGUGGUCGAAUGCCCCCAACUAAGGUGGCGAAAUCAAGGGAUAAAGAGGAGCGUAUACAGUGCUUGGAAAAAAUGGAACAAUAUGUGGAAAAAUGUUUUCCCAGUAAAAAGACGUGUUUCCCUGUGGAACCGAUGGAAAUAGUCGCAUUCCAACCUGAUCCAGCCUUUGAUCCAUGCCGCAAAGCAUAUUCGACGGGCUCCGAGUCCAAGACUUUUAUGGGUAGCUGCACUACCGCCACAAUCUAUAAGUCCUGCGAAACGGCCGACUCAAAAUCAAAAGGAUACGAAUCUUGUGUUUGCAAAACAAGUGAAUCCAAAUCGUCCUGCUACAAAUCUUGCGAUUGCAAAUCUCGUAGUUCCAAAAGAAGCGAAUGUAAAUCUUUUCAGUCCAAGCUAACGGACAAGACCCCAUGUGAUACUGACACGAUAGGUAAAUCGUUACUGAGCGAAGAGGGUGGUAAGUCAUCCGUAUCACCUCCGAAAGCCUCAGCUUCAGGCUCUGGCUCUGGCUCAGCACAGCCGGAAGCGCGAACAGAUGAUGAAAUUCAUCUUGAAGAAGAGUGUUGCCAACUAACAGUCCGUGAGGAGCAGAGUAGCAAUAAAAGCCCUCUUGGACAAUCAAUUCAAGAGCAGAGCAGCAAUAAAAGCCCUCUAGGAGAAUCAAUUCAAGAGCAAAGCAGCAAUAAAAGCCCUCGGGGAGAAUCAGCGCAAGAGCAGAGCAGCAACAGAACGCUACGAGGAGAAUCAGAGCAUUGCAGCAGUACUGGCCGUCGAGGAGAAUCGGCACAAGAGGAAAUGAGCAACAUGAGUCAUCGAGGAGAAUCGUCAAAGGAUCGUUGCAGCGAGAGAACCCCUCGAGGAGAAUCUUCAAAAGAGCUCUGCCAAUGUGAAUCUGGAAAUUCUGGUGCGUUGCAAAAAGCUUCCUGUCAAUGCGAGUCUGAAGUGGAUGAUACAUUAAGUCCGCUUACGGAUAGAGAACGACUACUAUGCGAAUAUAUGAUGCGGCGCAUGUGUGAAUUGUGUGAAGACGAUCAGCAGCUGGAUGAGGAGGCCACAGAGCAGAUGGAUAGACCUGGAGGACCUUGCAUUUGCUGUCACUGUCGCGCGGUCGUCUGUGAUAACCAAUGCCUGACGGUCUCCAAGACACUGGAUGCAGUUAAAUAUGAUCCCGUGGCCGAAACGAAAUUUUUCAUUGAUUCCAUCAUCUGCGACUUGCAAGCCAUGAACCAUGUAAUGACCAAGAACAAGAUAAAUCCCAAGGAUCCCAAGCCCUCGGUCUGUAUGGGCAAUGCACCGGGUGACAGUUUCCCGGUGACCAUUACGAGUGUCUCCAGCCUGGGCUGUCGUGCGCUCUAUGUACGCUGGGAACUGGAGGACUGUGCCGGCAUCGGUGGCUACGAGAUAUAUGUGGAUGGCCAUUUGACCAAUCGAUUUUAUAGCUAUCGCCACGAAGCGGGCGUCGUGGCCAAUGUGGACGUGACCAAGCCGCAUCAAGUUAUUUUACGAGCCCAAGCGGUGGGUCAGGAAUUUCCCAGCGAUGGACCUGGUUGCCCCAACAAUAAGAUGGCGCCCGCCUAUCCCGAAAUGUCGGUGGGCGCCUCCCGACCCUGGACCCCGAGCAUCUUCUUUUAUGCGCCCUGAACCCUGAACAAAGUGCUAGUCAAAAGUUUCUAUUCGAGUUUUGUCCAAUCCUAUUGUCUUUCCCAUUAGUUUAAGUUUUAUCGAUUGAUUUUUGAUCUGAUCACUCUGAUGUAUCCAAGUUUUCCAUCAAACUAGCAACUAGAAGAAUCUGAAGUCCACUCAUGAUGCAUUUACUUAAAUGUGCCUUUCAAAUCAAAUGUUUUCACCGAUGUUGCACGCGUUGCUGCGUUUCUGUACGCAUUAUUAUGUACAUAAAUAGGAUGUUUGAAUCUGUUAUAUCAAGAAAUUUAGAGAUGGGCAAUGCGAACAAAUUGUAACAAUUCGAAAUUGUCUGUCUUGACAAAAUAUGAAAAAACGUUAUUAAAAUGAUAUUUUGAAACUGUUUUGCUAAGAGGCAAUCUAAAGUCGUUAUUGCACUGCACUAGAAAACAGUGUUGAGAAGUUAUCAGUGAGUGUUAAACGGAGUUGCGAAGCAACAAUUGCACCUUGUAUAUAAUAUCACAUAAUCUGUCCUGAGCAGCUAGAGUUAUGGUGAAUCACGAUUUAGAUUGAUUUGAUCACAAUAAGUCACAAUUUAUUCAAAUGAAUUGAACUCAUUUACUAAAUUUUAUUGUUGAGGACUAUCAAGUCAUAGUUAGAGAGGAGUGUGAACGAAUCACAGUUGAAUCUUGUUGAAUUUUAGAGAAUCAUAAUUGAAGAGAUAAUCAUGUCACUUUACACCGAUAUCAGGCAAUAUUAUCACAAUUAAUUACAUACGUGUAUAUUUUAUAUAAGCAUAUUGAUAAGACUCUCAAAGCAGCGCUACUCUCGCAAAAUACUCAUACACGAAAUUAUCUAUGAGGCUUCUCGGCGCCCAUCUCUAUGGAAUUUACGAAGUUACCUAUAUAUAGUUAGUCUGCCGUUUUAGGCAAGCAUAACUCUUGCAUUGCUGUAGUGAGCGUUAUCUAGGAAGCACCACACAUACUUACCACCUGGAACGUAGCAAUUGUGAACCGAGGUUCAUGCUUGAAUAUACGUAGUUUUACUCACUUAUUUAAUGCGCAUUAUUUUUACUGUGAGUGUAUACAAUAAAGUUAACAUUUAAAUGCAUGAA